UUAAUAGGUUCAUCUCACUUCCUGCUUCACUCACUCUCAGUCUGUCGCCAUCACUAACGUUUCUCUGUCGGUCAUUUAUUUUUCUCUGAAUCAGGUUUUAACCAUCGUGAAGACGGCUGCGCUCCAACAGUGAGUGACAGCUGAGGGGGUGGAGCGAGCAGAGCUGACCUCAGACGGCGGCCAUGAUGUUUCUGGUCCAGUUACUGAUGAUGAUGAUGAUGAUGAUGUUGAAGAGCGAGGCUGCCGUAGCAGAGUUCAUCACAGUGUCUGCACAGAGUGGUCAGCCCGUUCUGCUGUCCUCACCCCGGGUGAUAGGGGGGGUGGAGCAGGGGUGGGACGUCAGGUGGACCUGCCCCCCCCACCUGGUGUUGUCUCUGAAGAAGAACAUGACGACGUGUCACCGGGGACGCUGCGAGCUGCUGAGAGACGGCUCGCUGACAUUCAGCCGAGUCCAGGCCAGCGACUCAGGAAACUACAGCCUGCAGGUGUUUAACCAGAGCGGGAAGCUACAGGUGAAGACGGACUUCCUGCUGAGGGUGGAGGAGAGUCCACAGACAGACACCUGGCUGAUCUGCUGCCUCCUCCUGCUCCUGCUGCUCCUGCUCUUCAUUCUCCUCUUCAUCCUGAGGAAGAGGAGGAUCCAGAGGAGAAGGAUCACAGGUCCAAUGGAGGAAAACUUUUAUGUGUCGAUGCACGGUCACCAUGGCAACAAGAGGAAGGACGAGGAGGAGAAGGGGGAGAGAGAGGAAGAGUCUGCUUAUGUUCCCCAUCAUCGUACUGUUUCCAUGGAAACACCAAUCACCCAGCAGAUGUCUGAGGAGGCACAGGACAUCUACGUGUGAUGACCAAUCAGAGCUCACCUGGACACCACGCCUCACACCUGGACUCUCCACAUGGUGGUUCUCACAGAUGUGAGAACGUCAGAUAAACGAGACGUGUGCUUGUUUUCCUGUUGAAUAUCUGCUGUUCGUGUGUUCUGAUUUAUCUCAGUGGGACUUACUGGUAAAAUAAAGGAAAAUAAAAAUAAC